AUGAAUCCAAUGAAUAAAUUUUAUCAUGUUUUCUUCCUUUUAUUUAGUUUAUUAUCUAGAGGAGUAAUCGCAUCCUCGGAUUAUCACGAGCAACUUCUUCUACGACCCCUUCAUCCUUCAUCGUUACUAGCUUCAUUCAACUUCCAAAGCAACACAAGCCUCGAAUCAUUCGAACAACAAAAUUUUCGCUAUUUUCCGAGAUCAUUGGGGCAAAUUCUUCAGUAUGCCAAUACACGAGAAUUACAUUUGAGGUUCAGCCUUGGUAGAUGGGAUGCUGAAAAUUGGGGUGCAAGACCAUGGGGAGGUACAAGGGAAGGCGGAACAGGUGUAGAGCUUUGGGCUUGGGUAGAAGCAACCACUGAUGAGGAGGCUGAUGGUCGCUGGUUAACUUUGACCAAUGCAUUGUCUGGCCUUUUCUGUGCUUCUCUUAACUUUAUCGAUUCCACAAGAACAACGAGGCCUGUCUUAUCAUUUCAACCAGUUGAUGAUCACUCAAACUCCACAUUAGCGAACCUACACUUACUGCAUGGAACUCUGCCUCGAGAGGUUGUCUGCACAGAAAAUCUGACGCCUUUCUUGAAACUCUUGCCCUGUAAAGGCAAGGCUGGUAUUUCGAGCUUACUCGACGGACAUAAACUAUUUGAUGCUUCAUGGCAGAGUAUGUCGAUUGAUGUGCAACCUAUAUGCACAAACGAUUCGAGUGACUGCCAACUUCAGAUUACACAAACUAUUGAUAUGGUAUUAGAUAUCCAAAGAUCCAGGCGCCCGAGAGACAAUCCAAUUCCACGGCCUGUACAAUUUGAAGAUUUGAAAUGCGAUACAUCAAAAUCAUACCAUGCUGAGGAUACUUGCUUUCCACUAGAUAACGCCGCUGAAGAGGAGGAUUGGAGUUUAUCACAAAUUUUUGGUCACUCGAUGAAGGGAUCUUGUCCACUAGCCGAUAAUGUUGAAGACUCCGUUUGCAUAAAUGUUCCUCAUGCCCGCAAUGUCUUCACUUCUGGAGGAGCAGUUGAGCAUAAAGAUCCCUCUGGAUACAGCCGGUGUUUUCGAGUACAACAAGACAGCGACUUUGAGAUGGUAUUACCUCGACAAGAUAUAUACGAGAAAGCCCCAUUGGAGCAACCCCUGCUGUAUGCCGAACGCUCAUUCAUCGGAUAUGGGCAGGAACGCGGUGGUGUACAGGCCAUACUUACAAACCCUUCGCCAACAGAUGCAGUUGAUUUUGUAUAUAUGGAGUCGCUCCCUUGGUUCAUGAAGGUUUAUCUCCAUACUUUAAAGGCCGAUACUAACGGCAGGUAUGAAGAUGUCAUACAAGAGAUGUUCUAUCGUCCAGCCCUGGAUCGUCAGAGAGGGACCCAAUUGGAAGUGCGGAUGCGCAUUCCAGCCGAUUCUACAGUUAUUUUGACCUAUGACUUUGAAAAGGCCAUUCUUCGAUAUACAGAAUAUCCUCCGGACGCGAAUCGUGGAUUUGAUGUUGCCCCGGCUGUCAUCACCAUUGGAAAUGUUAGUAUUCGGACCACGAGUCUUUUGCUUCCACUUCCAACACCGGAUUUCAGCAUGCCUUAUAAUGUUAUCAUCCUUACCAGUACUGUAAUGGCAUUGGCGUUUGGAAGUGUUUUCAAUCUUUUAGUCAGGAGAUUUGUUGCAGCCGAUGAAGCUGAAAAUUGGGACGUCAAGGCUCUUAGGAUGCGUGUUUUAAUGGUUGUGCAGAAGAUACUGGCUCGGAUAACAGGAAAAACAAAGUUUGACAAGGAAGAAUAG